AUGGCGCCCCAUCCCGAGAUUGCGGCCGACGGGCAGGCACUCUCGCCCAUGGCUGUGAAUGCUCUGCAGCUGGCCAAGUCGAUGGUCAAGCGUGACCAAGCCGACCCAUACAAGAACCUCGCCUCAGCAGGCGCACGCCCACCCAACGACCUCUCUGGACCCGGCUUCCAAGCACUGUUUGCACUCAUCGGUGUUGGGUUGGCACUUGGAGCCAUCUGGUUCUUCUUCUGGGCUAAGAACGGUGGUUUCAAGUGGCGCCAAAACGACUGGGAGGACUACAAAUCGACAGUGCUAAGGCGCAAGGGACCAGACGGAAAGACUCUCUCUAACGCAACCAAGAGCACCAGGCUCGGUGGCGGCAGCGUUGUACACGGUGGCAGCUACUUCGGCGAACAGAGUGAAAUUGCCUACACUGAUGAGACUGGUACAAGUGUCGACGCGAGCGAGUACCGCGACGCCGAGAGAGGUGAGGGCGGCCUUCGUGGCGGAGACGGACGAAGGCAUAAGAAGCACCGCCGCGACCACACCAAUGACUACAAAGACCCCGAGCUCCGCAAGUACCGCGAGGAGAAGGCUGCCCGCGUCGGCGGCCUCAACCGCGUUGGCGAUGGCAUGUACACCGACUACUCUGGCUCUCAACCCUCUGAAGUCGGCGGCUCCCAUGUCUCUAGUAACGCACCGCUUGUCAAGAAGGAACCCAAGGACCCUAAGAAGGAGGCCAAGGCUAAGGAAGCACGAGCAAAGGAACGCAUGCGCAAGGCCAAAGCUGCUGAAAAGGAAGCUGCAAAGAAGGCUGCCGCCGAAGAAAAGGCUCGCAAGGAAGAACAGAAAGCAGAGGCCAAGCGUGCAAAGGAAGAGCAAAAGAAGUCCAAGAAGAACGCCACACCCUCUGAAGCUCCCGAAAUGGCUGAAGUCACCCGCCCCAUGAUUGAGUACCGAUCACCUCAGAGCGACUACCAACCCGCAUACACCGAGUACACUGCCCCAUCUGAAGCCGGCACACCCACACGCGCUCCCACAAGGAGCAAGGCACCCUCUGGCCCUCGCCGCGCUCCUCCCUCUGCUGCAUACUCCUUCACCACCGGCGAAGACGACAACGCAACCGUAUACACUGGCGUCUCCACCAGCGACUUUGCCAAACCUCCUCCACCCAAGGCCCCCAAGACUGAGCGCUCCGCACCUUCUGAAGUUACCGAGUCAAGCUACUACUCUGACUACCGCCCCAACGCCGACAAGUCCCUCUACUCAGACCCCAACAAGCACGCCCCUCGCUCCCGCUCAGCCCGCCCAUCUCAAGACCGUCCCCGCUCCGGUCGCCCUACCUCAGAGUCUCGUCCUCGCCCAUCAGGUUCCCGCUCUCGCCCAACCUCUGAAUCACCCCGCAAGCAACACCGUACCUCGCGCCCAGCACCUCCCCCAUCCGACAUCUUCACCACUACCAACGGUGACUCCCAGGGCCACAUGAGCUACCCAUGCCACAUCCCUGGUCUUAGCCAGGCCGGCAGUGUACACCCCAUGGAGAGCGUUUCUCAAGUCGGUGUCCCGACAAACGCAAGGAGGGAGCGUGGAGGUAGAGAUGUCAUGGACGGCUACCGCCGCGGUGGUGUCCGUGCCGUUGGACGCAGGGACAGCUUGAGCGACAGUGACUAG